AUGCAAAAAAAGAAAGUCCCUGCGGCCACCGAGGCGGUGGUGCGUGACGAAUCGUACGACGGCUUUAUGAAAAUGUGGGCUGGGGGUGCUGAAUCAUACAGCUCUUACUCUGAUCCAACGGCAGUAUUUGCAGCGGCAGUGUUUGCAGGUGGGUUACUUCCUAGCAAAUCCUAUAUUUUUAGAUCUUGGCUAUCCCUCACAAACUUUGAUAUGUAUUGCCACUCACCCUUUUACCUGAGAAGUGAUGAAAGUGGUAGAAACGGUACCCGUUUUACGGAUCUUGGAGAGCUUGAACAGUCAGCUGGAGCCGGAUUUCCUCAUGAGGGUGCUGUUGAUUUAAGCAGAAGUUCAAUGUACAAUGAGAUGAAGGCAAGCAAUGUUUCUGUUGUGACUAAUAAUUUGCAGUUUGGUGGACUCAACAAUAACAUUGGUUCAGCAGACAUGGGGUCAUCAGUAGCAGGGGUGGAUACAGGACACUUCAUCUUACAGAAGGGGACAAUGGUGGGGGUUGUUGGUGGUGGAGGCGGCGGCGAUGGUGGUGGUGUGGCUUUGGGAAAUGGACAUUUUGAUAACUGGGUUGAUUCUGGUGUGGUGGCAGAUCACAGCCAGCAGACUGACACUUCCACAGAUACUGAUGACAAAAACCAGUUCCAAAGAGGUCAACAUGGAAAGUUGGUUGUUGUGGAUUCAAUAGACCAGUUCAAGGGAAAUGCUGGAGACCAAAAGGCAUUACGUAGACUGGCUCAGAAUCGAGAAGCUGCAAGAAAGAGCCGAUUGAGAAAAAAAGCAUAUGUUCAACAGCUUGAGAGCAGUCGGGUAAGGCUUUCACAACUAGAGCAGGAGCUUAAAAGAGCACGUCAUCAGGGUAUUUGCAUUGCAUCUGGAUUGUCAGGAGAUCAGUCUGUGAGUGGAAAUGGGGCUUUAGCAUUUGACGUAGAUUAUGCACGCUGGCUUGAUGAACAUCAACAACUGAUCAAUGAUCUGAGAUCCGCUGUGAACGCUCACGUGGGUGAUAGUGAGCUUCGCCUUCUUGUUGAUGGGGUGAUGUCUCAUUAUGAUGAAAUAUUCAGGCUGAAGAGCACAGGUGCAAAGUCAAAUAUAUUUCACAUGCUAUCCGGCAUGUGGAAAACUCCUGCAGAAAGGUGUUUUAUGUGGUUGGGAGGAUUUCGUUCAUCGGAGCUUCUCAAGAUACUCGGCAACCAAGUUGAACCUCUGACUGAACAACAAUUGAUGGGACUAUGUAAUUUACAGCAGUCCUCUCAACAAGCCGAGGAUGCCUUGUCCCAAGGAAUGGAAGCAUUGCAACAAUCACUUGUAGAGACACUUUCCACUAACUCUUCUGGUCCUAGUGGUUCUAGAAAUGUGGCCGACUACAUGGGGCAAAUGGCUAUUGCCAUGGGCAAGCUCGCCACGCUCGAGAAUUUCCUUCAUCAGGCUGACCUUCUGAGACAGCAAACUUUGCAACAAAUGCAUCGAAUCUUGACAACCCGACAAGCUGCUCGAGCUCUUCUUGCCAUCAAUGAUUACAAGUCGAGGCUUCGGGCUCUCAGUUCUUUAUGGUUGGCACGCCCUAAGGAUUGA